CCUGGGGCGCCUGGAUCCGUACCUGUUCUAUUUCUGGUGCUCUCUCCACCUCGACAAAAAGAAGGAAAAAAAAAAAUCAUCAGGGUUUUUGUUGCAAAACCCUAAACGCCAUUGGAGCUCACUUAGAGCUCCGUUCGUCCAAGGGUAUCCAGAGCCCAGGUUUCCUCCUGGCCCAAGACGGCUGCUGAGCGCAUCUCGAGAAAGCUAAGUUCUUUCCUCUUCUCUUUUUUCUGGUAGCUAGGGUUUGUCCUGCAAGUAAACGUUUGGGUUCUAUUCCUUUCGGGGGCGUUUGUUUCGGACGUAGGAAGUUGGAGCCCUGGGAAGAUCUGUUAGGUUUUUAUGGGUCUUGGAAGCGGGUAGUUUGGAAGAGGGAAAAGUUAGGGUUUUGGUUGAAAUUGAGCAUCACCUGCGGGCUAGAUUUUUGAACUUUUCCCUGAUUCAUCAGGCAAGUUACAAAUUUUUUCUCAGGCCUCGCAGGAUUGGAAAGAAAGAGGGGGGUAAAGAAGGAUCUUUAUAGAGAGAACUGCAAAUCAAAUUUCUUGGUUCCUAUAAAAGUUCCUUUCUUCUUUUCUAAGGUUUUGUUAGUGCCUACAAAUUUUUUGUUUAUUUGGUCUGAGCUGUUGAAGAGUUGAGCAAUCAAGAUGGGCGAGCCAAAAGAUCACAACGUUCUGGAGCAAGGAAUGCCGGGAAUUCCUUGUUGCGGGCAGAUAGGUGCGGAUGUUGAAGACGAGGUUCUGCAAUCUCUGUUGCAAAACCAUGUUGACGAGCAGAACUCUCAGUUUCCAACAGAGGUUGAUUUCCAUAACGACUCUGGAUUUGUACGGAAUCCCCUGGAACGUGGUUCAGCUGAGCAGAAUAUCAAAGAGACCGUCAUACCAUCAGAGUUGCAACCUGGUCCUGAGUUUUCUGUUUCUACGAAUCAGACUGAGAAUGGUUCUGGAAAACCUGGUAAUGAAGUUCCUGUUUCUAUGAAUCAGACAGAGAAUUAUUCUGAAAAAGUCGGUGAGGAAGUUCCUGCUUGUAUUAAUCAGGCAGAGAAUGUUUCUAAAAAGGCUGGUAAUCAAGUUCCUGCUUUUAUGAAUCAGACACAGAAUAAUUCUGAAAGAGACGAUGAUCGUGCUUCUGCUUUUUUGAAUCCGACAGGGAAUGAUUCUGAAAAACCUGGCGCUCAAGUUCCUGCUUUUGUGAAUCAGACAGAGAAUGAUUCUGAAAAAACAGGUGACCAAGUUCCUGCUUUUAUGAAUCAGACACACAGUGAUUCUGAACAAAAUGGUGCUCUUGAUGUCAAGACUAAGAUGGAGAGUGAGACGAUGAACACACAUAUAGAGAAUGGCAGCAACUCAUUGGAGUCAGAUGUGAAGGCAGUUCAUUUGGAAGAUAAUCGCAUUAUUGGGACACCCUUGAAACAAGAAAAGGCUGAGGGAGAACAACCAGCUCCCAUCGAGGGUCCUAAGCAGUCUUUUACAUUUGACCACUACAUAGAUGGUGAUGAUUCUGGAACUGAGGAGGAACAAGCUGCUUUCAUAAAGGAGCUGGAGAAUUUCUUUAGGGAGAGGGGCAUGGAGUUCAAGCCACCAAAGUUUUAUGGGGAAGGACUAAAUUGCCUCAAGUUGUGGAGAGCAGUAACUAAAUUGGGUGGUUAUGACAGGGUGACAUCUUGCAAAUUAUGGCGUCAAGUGGGAGAGUCGUUCAAACCUCCAAAGACAUGUACAACUGUCUCUUGGUCAUUUCGAGGUUUUUAUGAGAAGGCUCUACUUGAAUAUGAGAAACAUAAAAUUCGUACCGGCGAGCUCCAAAUACCUCUAUCUGAUCUUCCUGAGGCUAUGCUUAUUGAGAAUCAGGGGGGUGGGAAUCAGGCAUCAGGAUCAGGUCGAGCCAGAAGGGAUGCUGCAGCUCGUGCUAUGCAGGGCUGGCACUCUCAGCGACUGCUUGGUAACGGUGAUGUUGGGGACCCAAUAAUUAAGGGUGGACCCAAGAGGAAAAGACCAUCUAACCUGGAGCCUGCAGUCAAAGUUGCACGGAUGAAAGAUAUUCAGCUACAAGGGGAUACAGCAGUUGUCGAUGUUGGGGCUCCUGCUGAUUGGGUGAAAAUAAAUGUGCGGCAAACUAAAGAUUGCUUUGAAGUCUACGCUUUGGUUCCUGGGCUUCUCCGUGAAGAGGUACAAGUUCAAUCAGAUCCUGCUGGCCGUUUAAUCAUAUCUGGAGAACCAGAGCAGCCUGAUAAUCCUUGGGGUGUCACCCCCUUUAAAAAGACUUCAGCAGUGGUCACCCUUCAUGGCCAGCUGUUUGUACGGGCACCCUUUGAUCAGUCAGAUCUAUAGCACUCCUGGUCAUUAUCUACUCGUAUAUAAUAAAGGAAUGGAAGGACACACAUGUGGAUGUUCUGCAGGUUUUUAAACUUGUCGUGUUGCUGAGAUGAUACUUGUAGUAUAGAAGUUCAUGCACUAAUUUGAACAUGCUAAUCUUGUUUGAUCCAAACUGCAAGGUGGUGUCUCGCUCACGAACCUUAUCGCUGAAACUUGCUAAUGCAACGAAGGGAGAAGAUAGUAUAUUUACCAGCCCUUGACCUAAAGGUGCUUCCAUGUAGUCAUAUACUGUAAAAUAUAGUCAGAAUCUAGUCACGAUCCUAUCGGCUGAUGGUUCAAGUGCAACAGUUCCUUCAUAAUCUGACUUUCUUUGUUCUGGACCA